AUGGUAGUGAAACGUAUACCACUCAUAAUUAGGCAAAACAUAUCUUAUUCGUUGAAAAUGGCUGCCAAACGUGAAGCAUCUCCAAGUAUCCAACUCCGAGAUACGAAUGGAUUUCGAAUGAAAAGACAAGCCUUGGAUAAGCAAACCUUGACAGCUUAUGAACAAUUAGGUGGUAGUGAUGCAGCAGAUAAAUCAGUAAUAGAAGGUAAAACUAUAGAGGAAGAGGAAUCUGAAGGAGCAGCAUAUAUAAUAGAUGGAAGGUUGAGAAGAGUGAAACCUUACUAUUUUACAUACUUGACAUAUUGCAAGUUGAGAUGGAGAGAUAGGAAACUAAUUGAUAUAUUUGUUGAUGAGUUCAGAGAUAGAUCAGCUGAGUAUUAUAAAAAGGCAAUUUCAGAGGGACAAGUAACUUUAAACAAGAAACCAGCCAAUCUUGAUUCAAUAGUGAAAAAUGGAGAUUUAAUAAGUCAUAGAACUUACAGAAGAGAGCCUCCAGUUAGUUCAAGAGAAAUAAAAAUUGUAUUUGAAAAUGAAAAAAUAAUAGCCAUUGAUAAGCCAUCAGGUAUACCAGUACAUCCAACUGGCAGAUAUAGAUAUAAUACUAUCACAAAAAUAUUUGAGCAUGAGUUUGGGAAAACAGUACAUCCAUGCAAUAGAUUGGAUAGAUUAACCAGUGGUUUGAUGUUUCUAGGAAAAACAUCUAAAGGUGCUGAUGAGUUUGUCAGUCAGAUCAGAGACAGAAAUGUUCGAAAAGAAUAUUUAGCAAGAGUUAAGGGAAACUUUCCUUUAGAAGAAAUCACAGUAGAUCAACCAUUGCGUACAGUAGCUCAUAAAUUAGGUUUAAAUAGAAUAGAUCUAGUGGAUGGAAAAGAGGCUAAAACACAUUUCAAAAGAGUUUCUUAUGACCCAAAGUCAAAUACAUCAAUUGUUAAAUGCAUGCCAUUUACUGGUAGAACACAUCAAAUUAGAGUUCACCUUCAAUACUUAGGUCAUCCUAUUGCUAAUGAUCCAAUAUAUUCUAAUGAAUUUGUUUGGGGAAAAAACCUAGGUAAAGACAACGAAGGAUCGACUGAAGAAAUCAUAGAUAGACUCGAUAAAAUUGGUAAAGAACGUUCAUCAUCUAGUUGGUUUCACCCUGAUGAAGACGGAGAGGUACUUACAGGUCAGAUAUGUGAUGUUUCAGGAAUGCCUAUAUAUUCCGAUCCAGGAGAUAAUGAUUUAGAUCUUUGGCUUCAUGCUUAUAAAUAUGAAGCAGCAGACAAAUCUUGGGCAUAUAAGACGGAAUAUCCAGAGUGGGCUCUAAGUUCUCUGAGAGAGUUUAUGGAAUUAGCCGUUGAAUUGGCAGAUAAAUGUGGUGAAACUCGAACACAGUUUAACGUAGGAGCCGUGCUUGUUAAAGAUGGAGAAAUUCUUUCUACUGGUCAUUCAAGAGAAAUUCCUGGAAAUACACAUGCUGAGCAAUGUGCUUUGGAAAAGUACUUUGAAAAAACUGGCGAAAGAUCUGUUCCUGUUGGUACAGAAAUUUACACCACAAUGGAACCUUGUACUUUAAGAUUAAGUGGUAAUGAACCUUGUGCGGACAGAAUUUUGAAAACUAGUAUCAAAACAUGUUUUGUUGGAGUUGCUGAACCAGAUAUUUUUGUGAAGGACAAUUCAUGUUUCAAAAAGUUCCUGGAUAAUAAUAUUGAGUAUAUUCAUAUUCCUGGUUACGAAGAAGAAUGCUUACGAAUCGCUAAGAAGGGACAUGAUAAAUAA